AUGCCCCUUGUCAAAAACCCCAUCCUCCCUGGCUUCAAUCCAGACCCCUCCGUCCUCCGUGUCGGACAGGAUUACUACAUUGCCACCUCAACCUUUGAAUGGUACCCAGGUGUACAAAUUCACCACUCGACGGAUCUCGCCAACUGGACGCUCCUCACGCGCCCGCUUAACCGCAAGUCCCAACUUGACAUGCGUGGCGACCCGGACUCGUGCGGUGUCUGGGCCCCCUGCCUCUCACAUGACGGCGACAAGUUCUGGCUUGUGUACACAGACGUCAAGAGGAAGGAUGGCAGCUUCAAAGACGCACACAACUAUAUCGUCUGGGCGGACAAGAUUGAUGGGGAAUGGUCCGAUCCGGUAUACGUCAACAGCUCUGGUUUCGACCCGAGUCUGUUCCAUGACCCGGAUAGCGGCAAGAAGUACUUUGUGAAUAUGCUGUGGGAUCACAGGCGGAGGCCGCUUCUGUUUGCAGGGAUUGCGGUCCAAGAGUGGGAUGCUAAGACGAAGAAACUCGUCGGAGAAAGGAAGAACGUUUACCAGGGCACGGAGCUGGCACUGGCCGAGGCACCCCAUGUGUAUAAACGUAAUGGAUGGUAUUACUUGCUGAUUGCGGAGGGCGGGACUGGGUAUGAGCAUGCUUGUACGCUGGCGAGGAGCAAGAAUAUCUGGGGACCGUAUGAGACGCAUCCGGAGAAGCACGUGUUGACGAGUAAGGACCAUCCGAGAGCCGUGCUGCAGAGGGCCGGACAUGGCGACAUCGUGGAGACGGAGGAUGGGAGAACAUAUUUGGUUCAUUUGACGGGACGGCCGACGACGCAGCUCAGGAGGUGUGUGUUGGGACGUGAGACGGCAAUCCAGGAGUGUUAUUGGAAGGACGAUUGGCUGUAUGUCAAGAAUGGACCGGUGCCAAGCCUCUGGGUGGACUUGCUGGGGGAGAGGGAUGAGAGCAAGUACUGGGAGGAGAAGAGGUAUACCUUCAAGGAUGGGUUGCACAAGGAUUUCCAGUGGCUGAGAACGCCGGAAACGGAGCGCAUCUUCAACGUCAAGGACGACAAGUUGACGGUGAUCGGUCGGGAAGCCAUUGGCAGUUGGUUCGAGCAGGCAUUAGUGGCCAGGAGACAGGAGCACUUCAGCUACGAUGCCGAGACCGUCAUCGACUUUUCCCCGACCGACGAGAGGCAGUUUGCUGGUUUGACUGCGUACUACUGCCGGUACAACUUCUUCUACUUGACCGUCACAGCUCACUCUGAUGGCCAGCGAGAGUUGCUCAUCAUGUCGUCCGAAGCGUCAUGGCCGAUUGGAAACCUCAACACCCCAUACGUUCCAUACGUCCAGAUCCCGAACGAGGGUAAGGUGAAGCUUGCUUUGACGAUCCGGGGCAAUCAGUUGCAGUUCUAUUAUGCGGUAUUGGGCAGCGGUGAUGAAGAGCCGAAGAAGAUUGGACCCGUGUUUGAUGCCAGCAUUGUUUCGGAUGAGUGUGGUGGACAUCAGCAGCAUGGCAGCUUUACGGGUGCCUUUGUCGGGGUGGCUGCCUCUGACCUGAACGGACUGGCGGCGGAGGCCAAGUUUGACUAUUUGCUGUACAAGCCCGUGAAGAACCAGCAGGAUGCCUAUGUUAGAGACAAUGAAUAAGUCCAAAGGAUGGAGGGAGAAAAUAUGGAUGCGAAGAGUUAGCCUUGAAUGAUGUUAAUUUCCAGGACAAUAAUUAUUCGGGU